GCGUCUUAGUGUCGUCAUCAUUGAGCUCACACAAGUGUGGCUGACAAGUAUCAAGCCACACGUUCAGAACAGAAUUUCAUGUUAGCACGAUCGUUCUUUUCCUCUUUGAAUACAUACGAUGUCUUCACUUCUCAAGGUGGACAAUGAAAUUAAAACCAAGGUUGAUGCAUUCAGGGAACGUAUCACUGCAGAAGCAGAGGAUUUAGUUGCUAAUUUUUUCCCAAAGAAAUUACUGGAACUUGAUCAGUUUCUAAAGGAGCCCGUCAUAAACAUCAAAGAACUGAAGGAGAUCCACUCAGAGAUAAAUCUGACUGUUCCAGACCCAAUCCUGUUGUCAAACCUGCACGACGGAUUAGAAGGACAAAAUGCCAAAAAGAGGAAGAUGGAGGAUGGAAGUGGGGAGGACACGGUGACCGGAACUAAAGUCUUUGUCAUGCCUGGUGGGAUGAUGAAGAGCAACGCAAACCUUGUUGAGCUGAUUGAAAGGGUCAAGCCAGAGAUUAGGACACUCAUAGAGAAAUGUAACACAGUCAAAAUGUGGGUUCAGCUGCUCAUUCCAAGGAUAGAGGAUGGAAACAACUUUGGUGUGUCGAUCCAGGAAGAGACAGUCGCUGAACUCAGGACAGUUGAAGGAGAAGCAGCAUCUUAUCUUGACCAAAUAUCGAGAUACUACAUCACAAGGGCAAAGCUGGUUUCCAAAAUAGCAAAAUAUCCACAUGUGGAGGAUUACCGACGCACAGUAACAGAGAUUGAUGAGAAGGAAUACAUCAGCCUGAAGAUUAUAGUUUCAGAGCUCAGAAACCAAUAUGUAACGUUACACGACAUGAUCCUGAAGAACAUUGAGAAGAUCAAGAGGCCUCGAAGCAGUAACGCUGACGCACUGUACUGAUGUUCGUCCACCCGUCUCAGCCUCAGAUCUCCAGCCCCUUGACCGACCACAGCCCCCUGGCUGCCCCCUGUUCCCCAGCUCCCAUCAUGCCUGUUGAGCUCCCAUAGCCUGGUUCUGUACUACGGUACCAUAGCUAGGCCAUCAUCCUUUACUUCAACACAAUCGUCAUCGUUGUCGUCGUCAGCCCUGAACACAGACAUGGCUUCCAUUAAUGGACACAACACACACUUGUUUCCUUUUGUUUUAAUUGUAAAAUAUAUUUUCUUGUUUUAAAUCCUUUUGAAGACAGAAUCUCUGUAUGAGGAGACAGAUUAUAAACAACCAAAAGCGAAUUGUAUUUUUUAAUUUUAAUUAAAAAUUAUGUCCUUAGAACUUUGAAAUCUAGAUUGAUGGCUCUUAAAGAAGUAAAUGAAAUGUCUGUCUCAUGCCCUUGGCUUCGGUGAAUGUUACCUGUCUUUUUUUGACUGUUAGGAAACGUCUUCUGUGAGAUGGUUGUUCAUAGAAGAUGACACACAAAUGCUGUUUUCCCUCCGAUCAUUGUCUGUACAUUACAUGAAUAUAAUUAUGAAGCUGCUUUUAGCUCUGCAGAUUAAUUGUUUUUCAUUGAGAAAGUCAUCAGAGCAUCACUUCUGUUGAGGCAUUGACUCUUGAAUAAAAUGUUUUUGAUAAUGA